UUUCCAUUCUUGACAAAGCAGCAGCCUCCCCACCUUCUCUCUCUUCCCUUUCCAUUCUUGACAAAGCUCCAUCAAUUCUUUUCUCUAGACACAAAUGGUUACACCAUUUUGGUGCAAAUAUUUUCUUUAAACGCCCCAAUCCUAGAAGACCCUCCUUUGGUGAAUAUAGACACAUUAAAAUCUUCAAGGACCAGAGAAGAUCUGUCCAUUUUGAGCAAAAUCUGAAUCAAAUCACGUGAAGAAACCUCAACGUUCGGAUUAGCACGAGUUUUGACUCAACUUUGAAUUUUUUAUUUCAAAUUCCCGCUCAUUAGAAUCCUAACCCUAGCAUUCUUCUCCUAUAAAUGCAUCUUAAACUUUCAGCCGUAGGAAGGGGGGAAAAACACGAAAUUUACCAUUGCUUCACGAUUAAAACUGUGGCUUUAAAGUUUUUGAACCGCCUCUCUUGCCCCUUUAAAAAUGAUAGAUUAUGUAAAUAUUAGUUAGAAUAUUUUGUAAUCUCCUAUUUUAGGUUAGAAUAUUUUGUAAUCUCCUAUUUUAGGUUAGCUUUGCUUAACAUAAUAUUUGGUAGAAUUAGCUCCUUAAUUCUAGCCUAGCAUUACGGUUGUAUAGUUUGUAUAUUAACCAAGUCAAGGAAUGAAAGGAGACAUGGAAAACAUUUCUUUCAUGGCAUCAGAUUAGGUUUUUUUUUUCUUCUUCCUUAUUCUUCCGCUACGCCCUAGUCCCUCCUUCUUCAUCCUCUUUCCGUCACCUUCACUCUAAUCCAUCAGCCAUUGCCGAUGCAACACCCACUCCGGUUAAGUCCUCGUUCCACCCGGCCCUCGCGGUCUCGAAUAUCAAGAAUCAUAUCUCUGUUAUUCUUGAGAUGGACAACUCACAAUACGGAACAUGGGUCGAGCUUUUCAAGAUUCAUGCUCGUUCUCACAAGGUCCUUUAUCACAUCAUUCCUCCCCCACAGGUAAGAAGAAGUCGGCUCCCAAAACUGAUGAGGAAGUCAAAUUAUGGACGACCAUUGACGCCACCGUGCUUCAAUGGAUAUAUUCGACAAUUUCGAAUGAUCUGCUAAACACCAUCAUCGAACCAGACGCUACUGCCAUGGACGCUUGGGUUCGCUUGCGUGAUAUAUUCCAAGAUCAUCAAAACUCUCGUGCGGUGACUCUCGAACAAGAAUUCACGACGACUCGUAUGGAGGAUUUUCCCAAUGCCUCCGCCUAUUGUCAACGUCUAAAGAGCCUUGCGGAUCAACUGAAAAACGUCGGGGCUCCCGUGACGAAUAGCCGCCUUGUCCUUCAACUGGUUUGGGGUCUCACUGAAGCGUACAAAGGGGUUGGGACAAAAAUUCGCCAUGCUAAGCCUCUCCCCCCAUUCACAGAGGCUCGGUCUUCCCUUGUUUUGGAAGAACGUGAACUUGCAGCCAUGGUGUUUCACGGGUCUGGUUCGGCUAUGCUAGUCGCGGUCGACGACGCUGCCCUUCACUCUGAAAACACAAGCUCACACCGAGGGAAAAACAAAAAUUCCCACCGCCACAAUUCUGGGAAUGGCCGUAGAGGUGGUUUUGGUCGAGGCUCAGGCAGCGGUAAACACUCCUCCGGCGGACGCGGUGGUUCAGGCCGUAGCAGCGGUGGUGCACAGCCAGCGGGCUCCUCUUCGCAGCAGUGGCAUGCCGGACAACUUGGUCACUGGCAGUGGGUACUGCAACCUCGAUGGGCUGCUGCUCCUCCCCCAUGUCCGUACCCGACCACUUCUUGGGCUCGUCCCCCAACUGGCCCACCACGGCAGCAGGGUAUAUUAGGCCCUCCUCCAUCCCAGCAGUAGCACCUCAUGGGUCGUAUGUUCCAACCGACAUCGAGUCCGCAAUGCACACAAUGACUUUGAACCCGCCCGAUCAAAAUUGGUACAUGGAUACCGAGGCCACUUCUCAUAUGACAUCCUCGACCGGUAAUCUCACGUCUUAUUUUAA